GUACAGCAUCACGGGCGUGGGCGCCGACCAGCCCCCCAUGGAGGUCUUCAGCAUCGACUCCAUGUCCGGCCGGAUGUACGUCACGCGGCCCAUGGACCGGGAGGAGCGCGCCUCCUACCACCUCCGAGCCCACGCCGUGGACAUGAACGGCAACAAGGUGGAGAACCCCAUCGACCUGUACAUCUACGUCAUCGACAUGAACGACAACCGGCCCGACUUCGCCAACCAGGUCUACAACGGCUCGGUGGACGAGGGCUCCAAGCCAGGCACCUACGUGAUGACAGUGACGGCCAACGACGCUGACGACGGCACCACGGCCAAUGGGAUGGUGCGGUACCGGAUCGUGACCCAGACUCCGCAGAGCCCGUCCCAGAACAUGUUCACCAUCAACAGCGAGACCGGGGACAUCGUGACGGUGGCGGCUGGCCUGGACCGCGAGAAAGUACAGCAGUACACGGUGAUCGUCCAGGCCACGGACAUGGAGGGCAACCUCAACUAUGGCCUCUCCAACACGGCCACGGCCAUCGUCACGGUGACCGACGUCAACGACAACCCGCCCGAGUUCACGGCCAGCACGUACGCGGGGGAGGUCCCUGAAAACCGCGUGGAGACGGUGGUCGCAAACCUGACGGUGGUGGACCGAGACCAGCCGCACUCGCCCAACUGGAACGCGGUGUACCGCAUCAUCAGCGGGGACCCCUCGGGGCACUUCAGUGUCCGCACAGACCCCGUCACCAACGAGGGCAUGGUCACCGUGGUGAAGGCGGUCGACUACGAGCUGAACCGAGCCUUCAUGCUGACCGUGAUGGUGUCCAACCAGGCGCCGCUGGCCAGUGGCAUCCAGAUGUCCUUCCAGUCCACGGCAGGGGUGACCAUCUCGGUCAUGGACAUCAACGAGGCCCCCUACUUCCCCUCCAACCACAAGCUGAUCCGCCUGGAAGAGGGCGUGCCCCCCGGGACCGUGUUGACCACGUUCUCGGCAGUGGACCCCGACCGCUUCAUGCAGCAGGCCGUGAGGUACUCAAAGCUGUCGGACCCUGCGAGCUGGCUGCGCAUCAACACCACCAGCGGGCAGGUCAGCACCGCGGCCGUGCUGGACCGCGAGUCUCUCUACGCCAAGAACAACGUCUACGAGGCCACCUUCCUGGCGGCCGACAACGGGAUCCCCCCCGCCAGCGGCACCGGGACCCUGCAGAUCUACCUCAUCGACAUCAACGACAACGCCCCCGAGCUGCUCCCCAAGGAGGCCCAGGUAUGCGAGAGGCCGGGGCUGAACGUUGUCAACAUCACCGCGGCCGACGCCGACAUCGACCCCAACGUCGGCCCCUACGUCUUCGAGCUGCCCUUUGCCCCGGCCGCCGUGCGGAGGAACUGGACCAUCGCGCGCCUGAGCGGGGACUACGCCCAGCUGAGCCUGCGCGUGCUGUACCUGGAGGCCGGGGUGUACGACGUCCCCAUCACCGUGACGGACUCUGGGAACCCGCCCCUGUCCAGCACGUCCAUCAUCAAGGUCAAGGUGUGCCCGUGCGACGAGAACGGCGACUGCACGGCGGUGGGCGCGGUGGCAGCGGCCGGGCUGGGCACGGGGGCCAUGGUGGCCAUCCUCCUCUGCAUCGUCAUCCUGCUGACCAUGGUGCUGGUGUUCGCGGCGUGGCUGCGGCGCCGGGAGAGGGAGCGACACGCCAAGCAGCUGCUCAUCGACCCCGAGGACGACGUGCGGGACAACAUCCUCAAGUACGACGAGGAGGGGGGCGGCGAGGAGGACCAGGACUAUGACCUGAGCCAGCUGCAGGCCCGAGGCCAUGGAGCCCACGCUGAGCAAGGCCCCGGCGUGCGGCGCGUGGACGAGCGGCCCGUGGGCGCCGAGCCCCAGUACCCUGCCAGGCCUGUGGUACCCCACCCAGGAGACAUCGGCGACUUCAUCAGUGAGGGCCUCCGGGCAGCUGACAGAGACCCCACGGCGCCCCCCUACGACUCCCUGCUGGUCUUCGACUAUGAGGGCAGCGGCUCCACCACGGGCUCCGUCAGCUCCCUGACCUCGUCCAGCUCGGGGGACCAGGACUACGACUACCUGGGCGACUGGGGGCCCCGCUUCAAGAAGCUGGCGGACAUGUACGGGGGCGGCGAAGAGGACUGAGGCCUCCCGGGACCCAACGGGAGCCGCGCAGGUGCCCAGGAGCAGCGGGGA